UUAUCAGUAAAGAUUGUCAGUGGUUAACACAUCUGCCUCACAUGCAAAAGUUCCUCGGGAGGUGUGACACCCCCAGCCUCAGCUAGAUGGAAGUGUUGCAUCCAUCAUAUAAUCUGUCACAAAUCAAAGACACUGAUCUAUCAAUCUGACAACUCAAAGUAUUUAUAUCAACAAACAGUUUUGAUUUAAGAUACUUCAUAACAAUCUGAUGUUUGUUUUGUUUUUUUGUGUAUGACAAUCAUCACUGUGUAGUACUUUUUAAUUGUUAGCUAAUAUCUAUCUACAAUAGCAAUGCUUUCACUGUCUUGAAAGCAUUGCUGAACCUGUGGAAAUAUGCUAAAAUGAAUUGUUGGGAAGGCUGGGGCUGCAUACUGACACUUCCUCAGAGGAUAAAUACAGCAGUCGAUGACCUUCAAAGCUGGCUGCAUGUUACAGAUAAAGAAUUGGGCCCAAAAACAUGUUCUGUGGAUUUGCCUAUAAGCAGCUGACAAAUAACUGAGCCACUAUAAGCACUCCCAGAGAAGCAGGAGUUGGUGGUCUUGUAGCAAAUAAAUGAUUUAAACUUCCUUUGAUGUACAUAAUUUUGAAUUUAUAUCAAAACAGAAAACAUUAAAUAUCUGUUUAUAUCAAUGUUAAUGUGUUUAAUUAUGCACUCUGAGGUGGAUUUGUGUGUGUAAAACGUAGGCUCCAUAAUUGAUCCCAGUAGUUGUUGAUGGGGCGCUUAUAAUUGUAAAACCGUACCGAUUAUAAUGCUUCAUGUAAGCCAAGAUGGGCAUGAAAAGUUAAAGUGGAGAAACUGGUAAAUUUAAUGUCAAGAUUUUAAUUUGCAACUACAGUUUUGGUGGAGAAUUUGUCAUUUCUAGCAAAAAAGUUUAUCAAACGGGAGACUGUACACUGGGGCUCAGGGUAGUAUAAAACUAUUAUUUACCAUCAUUUAAAUUAGCAACAGCUAUGUUUGUAAGUUGAUCCUAAGUCUGUAUAUUAUUUAUUUCAAAAAAGCCAAACUUAAGAGUUGCAGAUGCACACUGUAGCUUGUUUGUCAUAGGAGGGAUUGAUGAUAGAUGGUUUUUUUCUUCCAGGUCUGAAAUGUAAAAGUGCUCAAAUGGCUUAAAUUUGCAUUCCCAGUAAUGGCCGGGGGGGGGCAACUUGAACAGUAUCAAAAGGAGGUUGUAUAGAAUUAUUUAUAUAGAAUGUAUUUGGCUCCCUUUGUCUAUAACCUUAGAAACACUGUCUUAAUGAGUUUAUGAUCUCAUUUUAUUGGUGGGUUUGGACCCUUUUUGGGGUCUAUAGUGCAGAUUCAAACACACUUCACCAGAAACAUUAACAAAGAAGAGAGGACUCUGUUCUGAUAACAUAGGGUUAUUGACAUAAAGUGUUGGUGAUGUAUACUUGUUUGUUUUGGGGUUUUUUUGUUGUUGUUGGUUUUUUUUGCCCUUUAAAAAAAACUGUCCUGUCCAGUAGUUUUAGCAUGUAGAAUCAUGGUCUGAAUGCUUCGUUGUCCCAAACACAUUUGCUUUCCCAAGCCGACCCCUGACAGAGCAAUAGAAAAAGAAAAAGGGACAUGAGGAAAGAGAGAGAGGGUAAAUGUGUUUUCUAAAUAGUGAAAGUUUAGUUGAACUUUAGCCGCUGUGCAGUGUAACGUAGAUUUGAGUGACCAGUGGAAAUGAAGCUUACAGUUAUGCUAAGUUCAGUCACACAAUAAACGAAAUCAUGGAAGAAAAGUUGAUUCUGGUCAUAUCAAGCUCAAAACUAUUCAAGUAAAGUACAGAUACCUGCUACUUGAGUACAGUAACGAAGUACAAAUACUUCAUUACUUCUCACCUCUAUAAACAAUACACUGUCAGUGCAGAGAAUGGAAAUCAGCCAGGCAACAGGAAAAAGAGAUGUAUAUAUUUUCAAAUUCAGAACAUUUAUUAGAAUUAAAAUUUAGACUAAAAUAAAGUUUGUACUCCCAUUUACUAAUAUUAUUGUAUUAUUACAUUAAUAUGGCACAGUUCAGUUAGCUUUGCAUAAAAACACCUGGUAAAAAAAUGUACUUUGAGUACAUUUCAGACCUUUUCUUUUUUUCUAACUUUUACUUGAGAAAAGAAGCUGAAUCAGUACUUCAGCGUUUACCGGAGUAUUUUUUUAACACUAGUACUUGUACUUCUACUUAAGUACAGGAUACUCUGGCCACCUCUACAGUCUAUCCAUCCAUCUCAUGUAGUUCGCUCUUGGUUCACCUUCCACUUUAAUCCGUGAUGCAGACUACUUGGAAGGUGCACACUCAGGUGAGAACACCUAAUGUAUAAACUGUCGGUAAACCCGGCUUGACUUCAUCAGCCUGCACCUUAGGGACACGGGCUCUGUCACAAACCAUUUUAGUCUCUCGCUUUGUGCGCUAGGACCGCCGCUGAUGCGAUUAACGGCACAGACGGGCGGCGAGCCGACACCCAGCACGUUGCAGAGGGCCGUGCAUGCCCACCUGACAAGCACGACAGCCUGGGGAUAUAACCGCAGGGAUAUUCGGCUCACAUGGGGCGAGGGGCGGAACCAGAGGAUGUGACGUCCAGCUCGGAGAGGAGAUUGUACCAUAUCCCGUAAACGCUGCUCGUUAACGUUGAUGUUUGGUGGGGAUUACUGCAAGCAGCGGGAUGGCCGAAUGAGCGCAUACAGUGGGCUAAGGUGAACGGAAAGCGGAGCAGCAGCAUUUAAGAGUCACGACACGGGGCCAAAGCACGCCUACAAUGGAUAUAACCUUUGUAUUAUUUGCUAUUAUUUCUACGCUUCUCGCCAUUGUGGUCGCAACGUCGCUUUUUAACGGCUCUUCGCCUGCAGCAGACUUUGCAAAUGCGCGGAGUUAUUUCGGACACAGAGAUGGUGUGGCCGGAGGAUUAGAUCAAUCCGGGCCGAAGCAGAAUGGCCAUGUACCCGAUAAGAAGAAGAAGAAGAAGGAGGCGGACGACUGGUGUGAAAUCAGCGGGAGCUCACACGAUCACUGGGAUGUAGUGAAAUCUGUGCUUUCUGAGGAAGCACACUCCCACCCUCAAUCCGAAGAACUGGAAACCCCGGCUGAUGGGUCCAGGCCUGGAUCUCGGAAUACAGUCUUAGAGGUAGAGUCAUCAUCCGAUGCUUCAUCAGGGACAGGCCGAAGGUCGCUCAUUGGGCUUUCUGAUACGGAGCUCCUAAAGUGUGCUUUUUCUUACCCCCAAACUGAAGGAGCAUCAGAGAGAGCGGGGAUGAAUGCAGAAAAGGUGGAAUCAAAUGCAAAUAAUUCCUUGAAGUACGUCCCAGGAAAGGCACGAUCCCACCACUUGGAAAAGAUGAUGACCAAAGAGGAGCUGGAGGAGGAGCAGAGGGUGCAGCAUGAGCAACUGGCUGCAAUCUUCCAGCUACUUAAAGAAAACAAGGAGACUUUUGGGGAGGUGUCAGAGGGAGACAUAGAGGAGCAGCUCCAACUCUACUCCAUCUGAGACCCCUGUUGUGUCAUAGAUGCUCACUAUGACCGUUUAUUCUUAAAAACUACUAAAAAACGUCUCCAUUACACCAAAGGAACUUUUUUGCAGUAUUCAACGUGGCUGGACAGUGCUCUCCCAAUUUUCUGAUUUAUUGUGUUUUACUGCUUUGUUUUUGUUGUUCUGACCACCUGUCAUCCACAUGAAGGGAAAACCAAACUAGACUGGAUCAAUUCUCACACUGAGCAGGUUAAUAUAUGAAUGAAUCUUAAAAAAAAUUAAAGGAAUUCUGUUUAUUUUACUUUUAAAAUAUAUUUCAGAUAUAAGUGAUAUAAACCCUGAGUUAUGUUUGUUUCUGAAGUUGGUUGUGUAAUAAAACACAUUGCUGUUAAUACCUGUCUGUGUGGCUUUGUGUGUCUGAAUACAUUUGUUUGCUUAUCUGUCUGCAAACUGUGGUGUAGCCCAGCCCAUUCACAUCAGUGAGAACGUGUCAAAUUUAGAAGGAAGUGCAAACAUACAUGUGUUUAAUUGAACAGCAAGCCUUCACUCGACAGCAAUGGCAUCCCAAAUCUCCAGGAUAUUUUUAUUGCUCCUUGUAAUGACAGUUAGUUUGGUGGUUUUCAUUCUAUCCCAGGAAUCUUUAUUAAAAAGUUGGACAGUUUUCUCUGGAAAGCAUGAACUCAGAUGGGAAAACGUUUUCUUUGAUAUUAACCUCUGGGGACAGGAAGAAAAAACAGCUGUGGCUGAGACUCCAAUACCUCUCCUCUACAGAGGAAAUUUCACAAAGCUUCCUCAGUGGGAUUUUGAUGAUGUCUAUAACCAGGAUGCCCCACCUAGACCAACAACAUGUGCCCACUCACUGCGAAACUCUCAGGAUGAGAACUUCAAGAAGGCUUUUCUUCCCAACAUACGUUUGUUUCUGCACAAGGACAACAUUAACAUGAGCGAGUGGAAUCGCCUUUCACAUUUUAACAAUCCUUUUGGGUUUAUGGACUACAAAUAUGAUGAAGUGAUGGCUUCAGUGAAGCUAAUUCCAAAGCCAAAAGAGCCACUGCUCCUCCCAAAACCAGGAGGCGAUGGCUGUGUUCACUGUGCUGUGGUGGGUACGGCAGGAAUUCUGAACGGCUCAAAAGUGGGUGCAGAGAUCGAUGCUCAUGAUUACGUUUUUCGGAUGAACGGUGCCGUUACCAAAGGUUAUGAGGAAGAUGUAGGAAAUAGAACAUCAGUGUAUGUUCAUACAGAGCACUCCAUCACUGCAUCACCUUAUUUUUUUGGGAAGUAUGGAUACAAAUCUGCCCCUCAUGAUGAGGGAAUAAAAUAUGUGCUGAUUCCUGAGGCAAUGAGAGAUUUCCGAUGGCUCGAGGGUCUUUUCAAAGGACACGAGGGCUUUAGUGGCCCACACCACAAGAAAUGGCCAGGGACCUACUAUUCAGGGCAGUACAAUGAGAGCCGAUUCUACGUUCUCCACCAGGACUUCCUCCGAUAUGUGAGGAACAGGUUCCUAAAGUCACCUAAUCUGAAUAAAAGAUUCUGGGCAAUAGUCAGACCAACCAAUGGAGCAUUCGCUCUCUUCCUGGCUUUGCAUACUUGUGACACAGUGGAUGCAUAUGGAUUCAUGACUGAUGAGUACAUGAAAUACUCCAACUACUAUGUUCAGAAAUACAUUAAAACUAAAGUAAUUUUCUAUUCCAACCAUGACUACAUUUUGGAGAAGAAUACAUGGAAAGACCUUCACAACAGAAAAAUAAUAAAGCUGUAUCAAAGAACGGAGCCAGAAUCAGGGACUGAAAAGCCAAAGUAACACUGAGUCCACCCGCAAGGAUAAAACCUACACCACUGAUGAUAUUCAAGAGCCAUGUCAGCAAGCACAGCAAGAAGGUCCUUUGUUCACAUCCACCACAUAACUGGAGGCUUUCUUUGUGGAGUUUGCAUGUUCUCUCUGUGUCUGUGUGGGUUCUCUCUGGGUAAUUCAGCUUCCAUUGAUUGUCCAUUAAGACAUGCACUUAGUGGGGUUAGGUUAAUUGGUGAUGGUAUAUUGGCCAUAGGUGUGAAUGUGAGUGUCAAUGGUUUCGUGUCUCUCUCUGCAAUAAACUGGUGAGCUAUCCAAGGUCUGCUACGCCUCUUGCCCUGUGACUGCUUACUUGUGUGUCUUGUCUCUGUGGUUUUUUUUUAACCUUUCUGUGUCCUCAUUUUUGCCCCCACAUCUGUCGUGUCUUUCAUUGUCUUGUCUGUGUCCCAAUUCUGUCAAGUUAAUCUAUUUUAGUCUCAGUGUUAGUCACCUCCUGUUUUGUUUUGUUAGUCUCUAGUUUUAUGUGUGUUAUGUUCGGUUUUGCUUCUUCUUGUCUAGUUACUCAAAUUCUAUUCAGCUGUGUUCCCUGGUGUUUCUCAUCUCCCUAAUUACCUGGUCUGUAUGCAUUGUCCUUUCUUCUUUAUUGUGUUCACCUUUAACCUGUGUGUUCCACUUUGUGGGUUUGCUGUAUGAUACUUUUCAUUUAGAUAAUUUGCACUUGGCUCAUAUUUUCUUAUUUUUAUGAGCUUUCAACAAUAAAGCUGUUUUUCAGUUUUAA